AUGUACGCGCCACGGGGCCCCCGUGCAGCCGCCGGGCGGCGGCGCCUGGCUGCCAGCGGCACCGCUGGCAUUGCGCCGGCACCGCAACGUGUCGUUUGCGCUGCCGCGACGGAGCAGGGGCGGGACAGCCGGGCUGGAGGCCACCGCGCGGGCAGUGCAGAAGGCGCCAACGCGACCAGCAGCAGCAACGGCUGGGGCGGCGGCGGCAACCCUCUGCUGCAGCGCAUUGCGGCGUCCAGCACUGCGAGCCAGCUGCACAAUCUGCUGCUGCGCCACUCUGGCGAGCUUUCUGGGCUUGAGGUGGCAGCCGCCCUGGAAACUGCUGCCAAACGCAGCCUGCUGUCUCCAGCAGAGCACACGGAUGCCGUCGCACCGGGCGGCAGGCCCCACGACGGCAGCAGCAGCAGCGGCACCAGCUCCGGCGCGGCCAGCUCCGCGCUGGCCUCGCUGCUGGUGCAGCUGGCAUCGUUGCAUGCACCGCGUAUGGACCCUGCUGCCCUGUCGGCUGCAGCAUGGUCGCUGGGCAUGCUGCAGCUGGCACCAGCGCGACCGGUGUUGCGCACGAUGCAUGCCCUGGCCCAAGCGGGCUUGGUGCAGUACUCUCCAGCCCAGCUAUGCGCCCUGCUGUGGGCUGGCAGCGCCUUGGACCCCACCUUCCACUCUCCUCUCUUCUUGGACCUGGCGGGCCUGCUGCAGCGGGGCAUGAGCCUCUCGCUCUUCGCCCCGCACGACCUGGCCAUGCUCGCCUGGCUGUGCGGACGGGAGCGCGGACGUGUGGCCAAGGAUGUGCUGAUCCGCGUGGCAGACGAGUGCCGCAGCCGGCUCGAGGCACGCCGCCUGCAGCUGGAGCGCCUGGAGCAGCGGCAGACUGCGGCAGAGGCGGCCGCGGCGGCCAUCAAGAUGCCAGGAAUCAACUGGGUGCAUGACACGCAUCUCGACGAGGCGCUGCCUGCGCUUGGGGUGCGCAUGCGCGUCGCAGCAUGGAAGCGGAUGGUUUCCACCAUCAAGGAUGACUUGCUGGAGGCCACCGCCGGCGGGGUCCUGGCGGAAGUGGAACUGUGCAUGUGCAGUCGAGCUGAGCUGAACCCAGUGGUGCUUGCCACCAUGGACCAAGGGGAGCCACUCGUCAAGCCGCUUAAUGCUUACGCCAAUUAUCGAUACAGCCACAAGCUGGCGUUCCGGCUCUUGUCUCGCAUGCACGGCCUGCAGCAGGCUGCCGAGGGGGCGCCCCUUAGGGGCAGCGGCAGCAGCGGCGGCAGCAGCGCUGACGAUGCAGGCAACAAAGACGGCAGCAGUUGGCCGGUGGCUGCGCUGUCGCAGGCAGAAGCGGGGGCAGUGCUGCAGGAGUGCGAUGCGGCUGGGAUGUUUUGGGAGGCGCUGGUGUAUCGGGGCCGUCGGGUCGCGAUGGCAAGCGGGGCGCGCAGCUUCUCUGCCGUCGCCACCCUGGCGUCUGGGCGCCGCCUGCAGCUGACAUGGCGGCGGCUGGAGAAUCAACUGCUUCCCGUGGAAGUUGCUGAGCUGCCUCCGUUGACUGGACCGCCGCGCGGCUGGGCGCAGCACGCCAAGCAGCAGCAGCAGGAGGAGGAGCUGCCUCCUCCACCUCCUCCACCGCCGCCACCGCCCGAGCGCGUGCCGCCGCCGCUGUUUAACCCCAAGCAGGCCGCCAUGCUGCUUACGGGGCUGGCGCAGCUGCAGCUGCGGGUGGGUGGCGUCGUGGAGCCGCUGUUGCAGCAGUGCCAGCCUGCGCUGGCACGCCAGGUGCAGGUGAAUGAUGUGGUUGGCAUACUAGUGGCGCUAGGAGAGCUGCAGAUGGAACCAGCGGCGGAGCUGUGGACCGCGCUGAUCGACCGGGUUGCAGCCUCACGCGACAGCCUGUCCCCGCGCCAGAUGGCGGCUGUGAUGUGGGCCGUUGCCAAGACAGCUCGCUGGCUGCCGCGCGUCAUGUCCAUCGGCGCACGCCACCUGGCAGCGCACCUGGAAGACUAUCGGACGGUGGACAUUGUGGGCAUGCUGUGGGCCUGCGCGCAGCUGGGCGGCACGCUGCCAGACGGCACCCUGGUGCCGGCGGUGCAGCGGCUGACACCCCAGGAGCUGCAGCGGUGCAGCGCCUCAGCGCUGUGCAACCUUGUGUGGGCGCUCGGCAAGCUUGUGGCGGUGCGCACAGGCGCGGAGCGCGUCAGGAGCGCCAGUGCACCCGGAAGGAAGGCAGUGGGGGCAGCCGGCUGGCUAAUGAGCGCUGCGGGCAUGGAGGUUCAGGCGGCCAGCCUGGCGGCAACGUCUGAGCUGGCGCAGCGCGCCCGCCAGCUCAACGCUCACGAGCUGAGCAGCGCGGCGGUGGCGCUGGCAGCGCACAGCGCGCACCCUACGCUGCUGCCGGCGCAUGCGGUGGCGGCCAUUCAGGGCGCCUGCAGCGCUGUGGCGGCCUCGGAUGUCUUUGACGCUGCCGACCUUGCCAACCUGACCAUAGCGGCUGCACGCCUGCACUGGGACGACCCGCCUCUCCUACGCUCCCUCGCCGACGGCCUGGCGCCCCGUGUCGGCGUGCUGCUGCAGCCUGGCGAGGUGGCACGCGCGCUGGCAUGCCUGGCGCCGGGCCGCUACGGCCUGCUGUUUGCCUCGCUGUUAAACGCCCACGUAGCCAGGCUGAAGCAGCGGGACCUUAUGUAUUACUCUACUGUCGCCGAACUCGAGGAGCGGUCCAGCGCCCUGGUGGCCUUUGCUGUGGCCUGCCUCAUGCGCUUGUUCGAGACCUGUUUGACGCUGUUGCGCCUGGCGACUUGA